AAUAACAAGUAUAUUUCUAUUGUAUAUUGAAUUGCAAUACAUAUACUGUAAAAUUAAAACUAUCUUUAAUUGUACGUUUAUAAUUUUUUUACUUUCUGUAAUCUGUUAAUAUAUAUAUGUGUGCGUAUGUAUGUGUGUGUGUGUGUGUGUGUGCGUUUGUGUGUGUGUAUUUGAUUAGGCCAGUUGAAUCAUACUUUGUUUUUACGAUCAGUACACAUUGAAUACUUUUUUCUUUUCAGAAUUCAUACUAUGGCCGCCAUAAGAAAGAAACUUGUCAUCGUCGGUGAUGGUGCUUGUGGAAAAACUUGCCUGUUAAUUGUGUUUUCCAAAGAUCAGUUUCCAGAAGUAUACGUUCCUACAGUGUUUGAGAACUAUGUAGCUGAUAUUGAAGUGGAUAGUAAACAAGUAGAGUUAGCGUUGUGGGAUACAGCAGGUCAAGAAGAUUACGAUAGACUAAGACCGCUGUCUUAUCCCGAUACAGAUGUGAUUCUUAUGUGUUUCUCCAUAGACUCACCAGAUUCAUUGGAAAAUAUACCAGAAAAAUGGACACCAGAGGUGAAACAUUUCUGUCCAAAUGUACCGAUUAUAUUGGUUGGCAACAAAAAAGACUUGCGCAAUGAUCCAAACACAAUUCGUGAGCUAAGCAAGAUGAAACAAGAACCGGUGAGACCAGAAGAAGGGCGAGCAAUGGCAGAAAAGAUUAAUGCGUUUGCUUAUUUGGAAUGUUCAGCUAAAAGUAAGGAGGGCGUUCGUGAAGUGUUUGAAACUUCGACUAGAGCAGCUUUACAGGUUAAAAAGAGAAAGAAGGGGCUAUGCCGUUUACUUUAAAUUAUUGAAAAACAAAUAUGAAAAUUGCCAUCGUUUUUUUUUUUUAAAUUUAAGUUUUAUUCUCGCGUAUCAGUCUUCCGGGUUUAGCCAAGAAUAUUUCAAUAAAAAACUUUAUUUUUGAAGUUAACUAUCAGGUUUUAAUUUUGUUUUUAUAUAGAAAGGGGAUAAGGUUACAUUAAAAUUGUCAAUUUUAGUUCUAAUAUUUAAAAAUGUUUACUUUUUUAAAGUUAUAAUAUAUUUAUAUAUAUUUUUGAUCAGCUCUUACGACCUAGAAUAACUUUUCAUGACUGUUAUAUAAAUUGAACACUAUUUUAUAUUUCUUAUUAUUGAGUUGACUCAAAAUAAAAAAAUAUUACCUUACAAUCAUAAUAAUAUAGUGUAGGUAAUUUUUAACAAAAUUCAUUUUUUUUGUGUUAGGUUAAUAAAUAUUAGGGUCCAAAAUCAGUUAUAAUAUUUAAAAGAGUGACCUUAGAUAUUCUUUAUUCUGAUCACAUCUUUAUUAUUUUUAUAUCUAUUGUGAAGAAUAAGAAGAGACGUAUAUUUUUUUGGAUGUGUGGUUAUUAACUUUAAUGCUGUGUGAUAUAACUAUUAACACUAAUGUGGGAUUUGUCAUUUUUAAAAAAUAAAAUGUCAGUAUUAUAAUAUUUCUGCAAUACUUGGUUUUUUUAAAUAUAUUUACUGCCUGAAAAAAAAAAAUAUUUCAUAAUAAAUAUGUUAUUAAUACAUAUCAAAUGAUGCUUAAGAAAUGUAGUUUAAAAUUCUAAUGCUUUAUUGGUAAUAUUUUUUAUAAAUUUAAAAUUUCCAAACAAAUUAAUAUAUUUAUAAAAAUUAACAUACUGGAGUAUAUAUUUUAAAAUUGAAUAAGAAUAAUUAUAGUUCAUUAUGCUAAUAUUGAUUAGCUUAAAUAUGCCACUCAAUUUUAUAUUUAGUUUUCAAUUAUUAUUCUUAUAUUAUUUUCUUUAACAUAUAAAUAUUUAACUAGUAAUUCAUGAUAAUGAAAAGUAUUGUUAUUAAAAAUGUUGUUAAGUACUUUUCCCCUGAACUGUUGGAAUUACUUUCAUUAUGUGUUUUUCAAGUGUUAGUUAUUGAUAAACUAGUCUAAAGUAUCAUAAAACAUUAACAUUAUUUCCCAAAGAAACACAUUUUAUCAUUUAUUUAUGUCUAAUACAUUUUUAUAUUGGGGUAUUUGUGAUCAAAUUGAAUAAAAUUUAUAUUUUGAACAAUAAUUACAGUUUCUGUAAAUAUUUUCUUAUAUAGUAAAAUUGUUAAAACCAAAAGGUAUCAAUAUAAUCAUAUACAUAUAGUACUUUAUGAAUUACCAUAGCUUAUCCCCUAAUUAUGAGUUUUUACAAUAUAUUUAUUUUUAUACAAUUAUUACUCAAUAUUAAUUAUUAUUAUUUUAUAUAUAUAUAUAUAUAUGUAUGUAUGUAUGUAUAAUGUAUUGAAUUUUUGAAAAUAUUUAUGUUAAUAUUAUGUCAUAGUUUGACAUAUUAUCUAUUUAGCACAAACUUAACCAGUGGCACAGACACUAGCACAAUACAAUAUAUAUUUUGUUAUUAUUUAUUUUUUGAUAAAUUAACAAUUAGUUAUUAUAACAACCUUUUGUUUACUUAAAUUACCUAAUAAAUAAUAAUAUGAAAAAAAAAAGAAAUAAGCAGAUGAUAUAAUAAUUAUAUUAUUUUUAACAGCUAUAUUUGCUUUUAGUGGUAUGUUAUUUAUUAUUUUAUUUUUUACUUUUUAUGAAAUCAUACAUUUUUUAUUUAUUAUUAUUAUUAUUAU